AUGGCGUCACGAAGACGGGCAAUUCUGACCUAUUGGGACCCAAACCAAGGGGCAGUCUGCGAGUGGUCGCCGCCAGAUGCUCCAGAUGACGAUCCGGUGACUCCCUCGGUGUUGGCUUUCAAGAAUAACAGGGCGUCGUCUUGGGGACACUCGGCGGUACGAGACCGCAACCGGGUCUCGUGGACGAAAUUGUGUGUAGAGGGUGCGCCGGUUGUACCUGUCGAUAGCCUCGACCUCAAGGCUCUUCUCGGGGAUGAAGGCUUCAAGAGGAGGGAUCGUAGGCAGGUAGAACGUGUGAUACGUGAAUAUUUAACGUUCAUACGUGAAGCCUUCUGCAGGGAUGAGAACGUCAGGCAACUGCAACGAGCCCAGAACCUACCGCACAUAGACUGGCACUUUUCGAUGCCAGCUUGUUGGACGGCGGAAGGGGUCCGCACCAUGAGGUCGGCUGUAGAGGGUGCCGGCUACCUCGACAACGACGGGGCCAUAUUCUACUGUUCCGAGGCGAUGGCCGCUGCUAUCGCCGUGUCAUACAGAAUCAGAGCCGACGUCGCCAAGGUAGGGGACAGGCUCCUUGUGUGCGAUGUCGGUGGGGCGACUACUGAUUUUGCUACCUUCGAAAUCACGGCGGCGCAUCCAUUCCACGGCUGGCAGAUGUCCUUUCGCCAGGUUGCCCAGGAUAGCACCGCUGAUUGUGCUAACCCUUUCGUCGAGCAACGGUUAUUGCAGCACCUGCGUGAUUCCCUUGGCCUGCCUCUCGGGUCUGGGGAGGUGGCCCGCCUUUCCGUAGAAGCUGCUCGAACGGCAAAAGAACGUUUCAACGGGCUCGAUGACACAGAGGUCUCCCUCACCCUUGGUGACAAAUACCUUGAUCAGUAUUAUAACGGGGAGUGCAAUGACUUCUACCGGGACAGAGAGGUAUUUUGUUUCCGCAGGCAAGUACUUAUGGAGAGUCUGGACCCUGUCGUCAAUCACAUCGUGAGCCAAAUGAUACACCACAUCGGGGAAAAUGGCGCCAACAGAGUGGCCAUCGUCGGUGGCUUAAGCUGCUCACCAUACCUGCGAAGCAGACUUGAGUCUCAUCUCAGGAAUAACCCCGAGGUCAGUCAGCUGCUGCCUGUCAACUACCUCCAGGGUAAAGAUGCUAUGGCCAUCGUCUCCUACGGUCUGACUAUCAAGGGGGGCACCAUUCCCCACCCCAUACAGUACCAAAGCGAAUGGGGGUAUGAGAUUCUCUACCCCUUCAGUCAGCAGCUGGGGACAAACCUAGUCGACCGUCGGCACUAUCGUGUGACUGCUAUACGUGUGGACCAAGGCCGCGUUGAUGUGCCCGCUCAAGGUAAUGUACCAUUCCGACUCAGUAUACGAGAUGGUAUCCCUGUGGAUGAGAUUAGCAUCAGGCCAUGCAAUGGGAAUGGCUACGAUAAGAAAGUUGGCUCCACUAUCCUUGCCAUUUCCUUCCACAGCAAUCUCCAUGCUGGCCAAUCUCCAGAUGGGGCUAUCCGCUAUUUCGACGUCGAGGCGUCCUGGGUGCUAAAUCAAGGCGUCCACCUGGAUCUACGCUGGGAUUUCAUGGUGGUGCCCCGUGCUGAAGGAGCGGCGCGAGUGCAUGUCGGAACCAUCACUCAUUUGGUGGACCAUAUGACCCCCCGCUGGGAGAGACACGUUGCGCAGUAG